GCCCUGCCCGCAGACGGUUCCCUAACCGAAGAUAUUUUGAUCGGCCUUAAGAAACGCUCUCUGCCUUGAUCUAGCCUUCGACCCUCCGGGCUCCGACCGAUCCUCUUCCCCUAUUAUCAAUUUGAUCACCGGGGAAUGGCGAGAAAAGUCGGAUUCUUUUGACAGGGAGGGAAAGUCGGGGCCGUGGAGAAAUAUUGGGUGGGCUUUUCUGACAUUUUGGUGCAGCCGAGGAGGCCGAGGGGCGAUUUUAUAUUGAGUGUCGGCGCCCGGUGGCAGGCGGGCAGGCUUUUCCCUUCCAGGACCUGAUGCAAUCCAUUCAAGCCAACAAGUUUGGAGAGAAUGUUGAGUUCAAUCAAUUCAGAACGUCGAGAUGGAGCUCAACUCACUCCAGUGGGUCGGCUCUCCGUGUGGUUUGCACGGACCUUACAUUUUCUACAAGGCUUUUCAAUUCCACCUUGAAGGCAGACCAAGAAUUUUGUCCCUUGGCGACUUUUUCUUUGUAAGAUGUAAGCCAAAGGAUCCGAUUUGCAUAGCGGAGCUCCAGCUGUUGUGGGAAGAGAGGACUAGCAGGCAACUUUUAUCCAGCUCCAAACUUUAUUUCCUCCCAGAAGAUACUCCCCAGGGCAGAAAUAGCGACCAUGGCGAGGAUGAAGUUAUUGCAGUUUCCGAAAAGGUAAUUGUGAAGCUCGAAGACCUGGUGAAGUGGGCACAUUCAGAUUUCUCCAAGUGGAAUUAUGGUCUCCGGGCUGGGCCAGUAAAACUUGAAGAAUUGGGAAAGAAUAGACAGCCAGAAGCUUUGCUGAAAUACAGACAGUCUACCCUUAACAGCGGGCUCAACUUCAAAGAUGUCCUAAAGGAAAAGGCUGACCUUGGGGAGGAUGAUGAAGACUCCAGCGUUAUUGUCCUCAGCUAUCCACAGUACUGUCGAUACCGUUCCAUGCUGAAGCGCAUUCAGGACAAGCCGUCUUCAAUUCUGACAGACCAGUUUGUUCUAGCCCUGGGUGGCAUUGCAGUGGUCAGCAAGAAUCCACAGAUUCUUUACUGUCGGGACACUUUUGACCACCCAACUCUGAUAGAAAAUGAGAGCAUAUGUGAUGAAUAUGCGCCAAACCUUAAAGGCCGACCUCGCAAAAAGAAACCGUGCCCACAGAGAAGAGAUUCAUUAAAUGGUGUUAAGGAUUCCAACAAUAAUUCUGAUGGCAAAGCUGUUGCCAAGGUGAAAUGUGAAGCCAAAGCAACUUUGGCCAAGCCCAAGACCAACCAUAAUAACUGUAAGAAAGGCUUGAGCGAAGACAAAUCGAAGGUUGCCAUUGGUGAAGAAUGCAGGGCAGAUGAACAGGCAUUUCUCGUGGCACUUUAUAAAUACAUGAAAGAAAGAAAAACACCAAUAGAACGAAUUCCCUAUUUAGGUUUCAAACAGAUUAACCUUUGGACUAUGUUUCAAGCUGCUCAAAAACUGGGAGGAUAUGAAACAAUAACAGCUCGUCGACAGUGGAAACAUAUUUAUGAUGAAUUAGGUGGGAAUCCUGGGAGCACAAGCGCUGCUACAUGUACUCGCAGACAUUAUGAAAGAUUAAUCCUGCCAUAUGAAAGAUUUAUUAAAGGAGAGGAAGAUAAGCCACUGCCUCCAGUGAAACCUCGAAAGCAGGAUAACGGUUCCCAGGAGAGUGAAAAUAAAACAAAAGUAUCCGGCACCAAGCGCAUCAAAAAUGAAAACCAAAAGAGCAAGAAAGAAAAAGAUAAUGUUCAGAAACCCCAGGAUGCAUCGGAGGUUUCAGUGGAACCAGAGAAGGAGCCAGAGGUUUUAGUCCAGAAAAGCUUGAUGGAGCCCCUGGUGAUGGCAGAAGUGAAGAAACAGACCGAAGACUUCCAAGACUUGAUACCCGAGGGAGUAGGCACGGAAGCGGGCCCGACGAAAGUCAACUUGAAGGACCGCUGCUCCAUCAGUGAGCCAGCCAAGGAAGAAGAAGAGUGCUCAGCUUCCUUCCCCAGUGCUCCAGCACCUCCCAAAGAGGAUGCGACCCGGAAUCUAACCGUCGGCAAACAGUCACGCUCAUCGCCGGAUGCCCUUGUUGACCCAAAGCCAGAACAGAGAGCGUGCAGUUUUACAGAUGGCUCCGAUAACGAACCGCCGGAAGCCCCCUUCCACGGUUUCCCCCCGGUCCAAGUACCGCCGCCGAGCCAGAGCGACAUGGAAGACGACAAACUCCCCGCCAUGGCGGACUACAUCGCCAACUGCACUGUGAAACUGGAUCAGCUCGGGAACGAAGACAUCCACGACGCCCUGAAGCGGAAUCCCAAAGUCCUCGUGGUCCAGUCGUUCGAUAUGUUUAAGGAAAAGGAACUGCCCGUACCCAUUCACGAUGACCCUGGGUUGAAUUACACCCCGCUGCUCUAUUCGAGGGGCAAUCCAGGGAUCAUGUCUCCAUUGGCCAAGAAGAAGCUGCUGUCGCAGGUCAGCGGUGCUAGCCUGUCAGGUAGCUAUCCCUACGGCUCCCCUCCACCCUUGAUCAGCAAGAAGAAACUGAGCAGCAGAGACGAACCCUCUUCCGGGUCAGUGCAGUCUCAUCACAGCUCGAGCUCUGAUGCUCUGGCGGUCAGUAGGCCCUCCGUGAUCCAACACGUCCAGAGUUUCAAAAGCAAGAACCCGGAGGAACGGAAAGCUCUUAACGAUGUUUUUAAGCAUGACGCUCUAAGCGGUCCCGAUCCCCGCCGGUGCAGUUUCUCCAAGCAUCACCUUCAUCCCCUGGCCGAGUCCUAUGCGCUGAAGCCAGAUAUCCAGGAGUGCAAGGACAAGAUGGCUGAGAAAAGGGCACUACAUCAUUCCCACGUGCCCAGUUUCCUGGCCGAUUUCUAUUCCUCCCCCCACCUCCACAGCCUCUAUAGACACACGGAACACCACCUUCCCAGCGAACAGGCAUCCAAGUUCCUCCCUCGGGGCACGUACCGGGAGUCGGAAAACAGUUCGCCAUUUCCUCCGCACAAACACCCAGAAAAACUCGGCGGGGGUUACCUCCCGUCUUUGCAUCAGCCAGACAAAAAAACUGCCCUGGAAGCCUCCUCGGACGAUCAGCCGACAGAUCUGAGUCUUCCAAAGAGCAGCGCACACAAACAGACUGUGAAGACGGCGGGCCUGUCCCACGCGGGCGGCGGCCUGCCGGAGAGUAAGAGCCUCUCUCAGUUCCAGGCCUUGAGCGGUCAGGCCGGGAGUCGAGACUGCCACCCGAAAGCCUGCCGGGUCUCGCCCAUAACCAUGUCGGCCCCUAAAAAGCACCAGGACCUGUUCUCCCGGUCCGGAAAGCCGCACCACACGAGACUCGACAACUUGAGGAAGAUGGAGAGCGCGGUCCAUCCGAUCCUGAGCUGCAAGUCGAGCCCUCAGCCCGUCGGCACGGCUCGGCCCCUGAAGCGCGGCCUGGAGGAUUUGGACGGUGUGAUGACGGAGAAGAAGAUCCGGGUGGUGUCUCCCCUGCAUUCCUCCAAGGAGGGCUCGGCCAAAGACAAGGCCUCCGAUCAGGAGGGUGAGGGCGGCAAAGGUGGGCACGGCCCCCACUCCGGCGGCGUGUCGGAGGGCCAGAAGUUCCCCCUGUCGUCGCCCAUCUUCCCAGGUUUGUACCCGGGGUCCCUGUGUUCCAGCCUGAGCUCCCGCCUCCCCGCCGGCUAUUCCCACCCACUGCAGUACUUGAAAAACCAGACUGUGCUUUCGCCCCUAAUGCAGCCUUUGGCUUUCCACUCGCUUGUGAUGCAGAGAGGAAUCUUUACGUCCCCGGCCAAUUCUCAACAGCUCUACAGACAGUUAGCCGCAGCAGCCACACCUGUAGGAAGUUCGUAUGGCGACCUUUUGCACAACGGUAUCUACCCUUUAGCUGCUCUAAAUCCUCAAGCUGCCUUUCCUCCCUCCCAGCUGUCCUCUGUCCACCCCAGUACAAAACUGUAAAUUCUGCGCUCGGGAGCCUCCCAGUGAAAGGUGUCGCUUAACGUGGCUUUGCCCCCUUACCCUGUGAUAAUGUCUUGCAGAAUUAGAAAUCAGUAUUUCUUUCGUGAAAACCGACGUGUGGUAGCCCGCCUAGGCUAACGCUUCUGUUCGACUGAGAUAGAACUGCUUUGCUCUUCUGGCCCUUCACCCAUAACUCCUUCCCUCAUUUCCCCCUUCCCUCGCCUCCUCCACCUCCGUCAUUUCACUUUGCACGGUCGUUAUGGGAAGGGGUUUUAUUUGCAUCCACAUUCUGAGACGAAUGAAAAGAAACCGGACUUGAUUUUUAGCGCUUUGGGAAACGGAGACGUUGAGGUGGAAGAUGGAAGGAAGGGGUGAGGGAGGGCUGCGGAGAACAUACAAUCAAAAGAUGUGGUCUGGGGGUCACAUUUUUGACUUUUAAAGGUUCGAUCAAUGCAAUGUAUAGUAAAACUGCAAUAGAUCUUUCACCCUGACACUAGUAAAACAGAAAAGUAAACACUGUUAAAUUGAGUGUGUACGUACCUGCUUCUUACAAACUACCUGUAUCACUGUUUGUUCACAUAAUUUAUAUACAGGUAGUCCCAUUUUCCAGUUUAUCCUGUGCCCUGUUAAUUAAACAAUAUCACUUUGUCUGCAGGUGUUUCUAUUUGUCGGGUUUUUUUUUUUUCCCUAGGAGUCCGUUGGACUGUCCUUCCUGUUUCUGUGUGUGUAAUUUUUCCACAUCUUAUCAUUGUGAGCAGCUUUGGGGGGUAAAGUUAUUGUUUACAAAUUGAAGCAACUGAUUCAAGGGGAAUCCAUGAAAGAAAAUCACAUAUAUGAUGGUGCAAACAAAGUUCCUUUUUAAAAAAUAUGCAGUUGGAAGAUCUUGCUCCUCCUAAAUGGCAGAGUUGAAAGAGCUUACCCAUUGCUUACCCAGCCAAAACACUUUGCUUUGAAGUACUGGGUUAUGGGAAAUUGUUGAGCAUUGUACUUACCUUAUCUAGGCUGUGAAACUGUCCUACAUACCAGAGGAAUCAUAAAAACAAAAACCUCAUUGGCAACAAGCUGCUGAGUAACAACAGAGUCCAGAGAACAUAUUUGUGGGUUGUAAAAAUAUCGUAGGAAUUUCAGAAAUUAGAAGAGCCCAAGCAGUUGGUAUGGAAGAUGGGGCAGGCCCCGUGUAAGUGACCAAGGGUGGGGAGAGGAAGAGAGGGACGAGAGGAAGGGCGUUCGGCUACUCGGGGAGGGAAAGGGUGAUUGGCUUCCCCAGUCAAUACCUCCCCCAACCUGAGAUGAUGUGAAUUGUGAGUUCCAGUGCAGCCUGACCCAGUUAGUCUUGCAUAAUUAGCGGGCUGAGCAUCAAUCCACCUCAUUGUGGCUAGCUGGCCUGUUGGGUUGCCCCUUUAGAGUAAAAAAAUAAAAAGGAAACAGGAAUAAUCUUCUAGGACAAGUGAGACUUUGCGUUAGCCACCUACUGAUUGCAAGGUAAUAGAUUCAUUUUCAAAAUCAGUUUUGCUUUAUGUUUCCUCUUGUCGUUGGGAAGAAAUGGUAAAGCUGUUCAAGCAGUCAAAAGAUGUGGAGAAUUUAUAUUGUCAUCUUUGCCACUGUAUUACAUUUGCUACAGAGAUGUAAUAACAUGGCAUUUGGUUUCUGAAUGUAUUAAAACCAAUCGAUAAAUACGGUGGAUUUUCUUUCAGCGUUCACGGAGGACACCACCGUGACAUAGACGGAUAUUUACUCUGAUGAAUUCACCCACCUGCCGUGAUAUGUAGACGUUAGUACCCUAGUUAACUGAGUCUUUUACCUCAGAUGUUUUACGGGGUGGAAAUUGAUGACAAUUUUCAACUUCCAAAUAAGUAACUCAACUGCAGAAUAAUCGAAACUGGUAAUAAUAAAAAUUCAAGCUCUUAAAUGAAGCCAUGCAUGUCAUACAUCUGUACUGAAAUUUCUCCAUGAUAUAAAGCCAAAUAUAUAAUGUAAUAUAUUUAAUAUCCAAAGGUGGAAAAAAAAAAGAAUGUAGUCAUCCAGUGUUAAAAAAAUCCAUAUGCUUCAAUUCAUUAAUUAUCUUCCUGAGGGGAAAAAUAUUAUAUAUAUAUAUAUAUUUAAUAGAAUAAAUAGAUGAGUAGAAUUUAGGAUAUAAAUGUGUGAGUGCAAAUUAUCCUGCUUUUGCACAAGACAUAGAGAAAAAAUCAGAAUCUCAUCUGGCAGGAUGCCAGUGAGGACACAUAUGAGAAAGUUGCACUAGAUGUGAAUCCUGAAAGCAUGAGAGAUCAUGACAGAAAUGUGGAAAAAGAACUCUGUAGCAAACAGACCAAAUUGUACGUGGUGGGGUGAGUUAAUUCAAGAAAAUGGGUGCUUUCCGUUCUUCAGCCAACCUGAACGUUUGAGAUUUGGGGCAUUUAUUUUCACCGAAGAUCUCCUUUCAGUUUGGUUACAUCAUGCUGGAAUUUGAUCACACCAUUUUAAAACAAUGUUAACUCAAAUGUUUUCUCAUUUGUUCCGUGAGGCGACUCAGUUUCUGUCGGAGGAAACUCAGAUGCUGGGCACAGCAUUAGGCCAAAUGAAGAGAAAUGGUGGUAUAAAUUCCCCACAGAAGCAGUGCAUUAUUUGUUUAAAAACUCUCAACAGAAAUCUUGGAAAUCUUUCAAAAAGACUAUUGAAUUCUUCAUUGGCCAGAACUACUUUAAAAAAAAGUCUUAAAUGGGGCUUUGUUUGCAUUGUUUGAGUUCAAGGGGCCUUAUUAUUGAAUGGAAUUGCACAAGCCUUUCUUUGUGCAAUCAAACCAUUGUUAUUGGUAGUUUUGUAAAGGAAACUGUGGAAUCUAAUUGGCAAUGGAGUCAUAAAUCUAUUUACUGAGAACCGCUUCCAAGAAAUGUUGCAAUUCAAAAUGCACUAAGUUCAUGAUUCAUUAGAGAUUCUGGAAGGUUGCGAGAUAUAUUUAAGAAAAAAAAAAGAAAAAAGCAAAAAAAAAAAACAAAAAACAAACCCACAACCUUCCCCUCAACUUCUGGUUUCAAACUGUUUGACUUUAGGAAACAACUUAAAAAUAGAACCAAGCGGAGUUUGAGAAUGCAAUGUCCUUCUAGUAAAUGAUUAUUAAAAAUUGUAAUAUUUACAGCAGAACGCUCUGAUUUAUUUCUGCACUGGAGAUGACACAUCCACUUGUUUUUCAGGGCAUACGAAGUAGUUCGGGAAAACCCAGUUUUGAACUUUGCAACUUAUUGAAUUGGUGCAUGAAUUCUUCAGUACUGUAUCUUAUUAUGUUGGUGUGUCUAAUGGAAGUUUCUAGGUGGUCUCAAAAAAUAUUUUAUGUAGUGUGCCUUCAAAGAGAACAGCUAAUUUCUCUGCAGUCAUUGUUCCACGUGGUCAGUCAGGUCACAUCUGGUCUAAUUUUACAAUUGUCCUGAUUUAGUGAGAAAUGGCAAUGAUUUAAAGCCAGUGGGGCCCACAUCAUUGAACUGAUAAUCAUGAGCACUUAACUCCCGUGUUUGCUGUAAAUGUAUUUGAUAUUCGCUCAUUCCCCAUGGUUGAAAUAUGUCCUAAGAAUUGCAGCAUAAUCUCCUGGCUGUUUAUACUUUUUUAAACUUUCCUUUGUUGUAAAUAUUGUAUACUUUUGGUGAUUCAAGUUAUGUAACCUAUAUGCUCUGUAAGGUGAUUAUUUGUAUAUAGCAAAAUGGCCCAGUAAUAUUAUAUAGUUUCCCGUCGAAAAGGUUAUUGAGUAACCUUCGCAUUAGUUUAAACACUACCAGGAAUAAAGCUGAGCCAACUAUAAACACUCAAUUUUGUAUGUUUUCCAAAUUGUACUUAUUAAUGCUUUUGAUACUGUAUUACGUGCCAAUAGUUUCCCAAUCACAUAGCAGGCAAGAGAUAUUUUGUACUUUUUGAUCCACUGUAAUAUUUAAUAAAAAAUGUUACUAUCUGUUCCAUUGGG